ACAUAUAAACUAGAGUUGUAUGAAGCUUGUUAAUCUAUUUCUCUUCCACACGCUUUCCCUUUCCCUUCUUCUCCUUCCUUCAUCUUCUCUUUAUAGAUCCUCGUAGUCAUAAUGUUAAUGCUCGAACCCAAACAGUCUAAAGAAUUCCAAAAUGUCUUGUUACCGAAGAAAGGACCUUGGCUUGAAGAGUGAUUAUUUCUUUGAAAUAAAGUUUUCAUCGGGUCUUGUCCUUGAAAACCGGGAGAUUUCCUAUCAGAUGAUGAAGAUCAUAAGAAGUCGAUCUUCUUUGUCAAUUCAUGAAGAUGUGCUGAUAAUGAAGAUGGUUCUUCAAUUUGUGAAUUUCCAUGGGAUUAGGGAUGGUGGCGGGUCCAAUCUUGUUGCUGCAGUUGAGUCUCCGAUGUUGGGGAAGAUGGAGUCAUCGAAGCUCUUGGGUUGCCCAACCACAAAUCUUUGCUUCCUCCUCCACUGCAAAUCGCGAGUGAAAAGAGGGCUUUCUUUAGUCUCUCCCUCGAUCAGAAGAUGAGAGGUGACCAAGGUCACAAUUUCAAUUAGAGAUUAAUUAGGGAUGCGCCGGGGCCGCCGGGUGGCGGAAGAGAGAGUAGCAAAGAGAGAGAAGGGCAAAGUGAAAAGGGAGGGAUGGGUGGUUUCGUUCCUUUUUUUUAAGUUAAUCCACGUGUAUAUUUACAAGCAAAAUUGAAGCUAAGAGUUUGCCACGUCAGCAUCUCCGUUUGCCCAGUCACACUUAACGUUAACAACGUUAAAGAAUUGGACGGAAGUGGCUAUAAGUGGUAUUUUGCCAAAACUGGCUAUAAGUGGCACAAACGUGAAAGUUUUGGCUACACAAGUGUAUUUUGCCUAAAUCUUUCUUUGUCUUCAAGGAGUACUUGGUGAUAGUAUCCCUAGCCUUAUCCAUACUAUUAAAGAUCAUACCUACUUCAAAGAAGGGUGUGUCCAGAUUUGAUAACAAAAUGGCUUUUUCUACUUACUCCAUGAUCAACUACUUCAUCUUCCUUGUUUGUCUCAUCAUGGCUUCCAAAGUCAUCGGAUUUGAAACCAUCCUCCUCUUCUGUAACCUUUUAUUGUCGGUAUGCCCCUCUUCCUGUUUUGCUUUGCACUCUUCAAAUAUGUGAAAAUUUCCUCAUGUUCUUCAACAUCCUCAUUGCUAAGCCAAUUGGGGUGCACCUCAAACUCACUUUCGGAUUCGCUCGCUUCUUUAUCAAUCCACACAUUGUCUUCUAAAUCACAUGUGUUGCACCAUCUACAACAUUUUUUACCCCACUACGUGCUUCAAAAGUAUCUGCAUCCUCAUGUCCAACCGGAACAGUACCUCCCCCAUUUUGUUCAAUCAACUCAGUAACUUUCAUUGUAGACCCUCCAACUGAUUUUGCUACCUCCUGCAUAAAAAUGAACCAAACUGAUUUUGCUACCCUCCAAGUGUGAAAUCUCUUAUUGAUCCAAGCUCAUAAAUAUAUAAAUAAUCAUAGAGUUACCUCUUCGUCGUCAAAGAGUUGGUGUUCUUUCGUGAAAUCAUGUCUUAUGUAAACAUGAUAAACAACUUUGUCUUUGAACUCGUCAACCAACGCUCUAACGAGUGAUUCAUCACAUAGUAGUGUCCAAGCAUCAUCUCCAUUUUUCCCAAACUUUUUGAAGUACAUCUCAAAAUCGUCAUGAAAAUUUGCUUCUUGUUUUAUGGCUUUGACUAGGUCCCAAGUGCAUAUUUCAUCAGAAUCAAUUUUAGGAUAUAAUAAUUCUUUCCCACAGUCGUAUAUUACAUCACAACCGAUCUUCUUAAAUUUUCCACGAACAUGAAAAACCAUCGUUGGAGAAACCAUUCUUGGUCCUAACAAAAAAAAUUCCAAUUUUGCAUUACACACCCACCAACACAGAGCAAUAAUAUAUUGAUAGUGAUAUGUUAAAGUAGGAGAAAAGGUGCCCACAGGUCACAUGGAGAGCUCUGUAGGUUUCAGUUCAAAGUAGUCCUUUAAAGGACCUACUAUCACAAAUAAUAAUAAUUUUUUAUUCAAUUUACCUUAUUCUACUUGUGAAACCAUAAAAGUGUUGUUUGGUGGAGGAUCCCUUACCUUCCAAUUAUUGAAAGUGGGUUCAAAAUACCCUCAAUGGUCUUCUCACUGAAAGACAGAUGUAACCAAGGUUUGAGUGAUGGAGGUCUUAAUAAUAUUGUCGGAUGGGGGAAAUUAAGGUUGGGUUUGUUGUAAGAUCCAAAGUAGGGAUGCGGAGAUUCGAGAUUGACAAUGGUGGUGCGGUGGCGGCGGCGUGAACUGGAAACAAGGGCGGGACAGGUCAGGGUCGGCAGUUAGGGAGGGAAUGGAUGCAAGUCUAUGAGGAUGAAGGUGUUGAAGAUUCUACGACUGCAAAGUGGUGGUGGCGGCAAAAAUCAUACAUCGGGAGAAUUGGGAUGGUCGAAGUCGGGGUCUCGUCAUUAAAGGGGAAGGGCUUUGAAUGGAGGGUUUUUCAUUUAACGAAGGAUUAUAAAUAAGGGGGCAUCAAAGUC